UCGAUCCACACAUUUUAUACCUUUAUUGCUAGUUUGCCUUUCACUAUAAUUAAUAUUUAUUUCCAUCAUUAGUGCUCUAAGAGACAGAAAUAUGCCAUGAAAACCUAUUUACAAGACAAUAUUGAGUAGGUUUACCUGUAAAAUUGAAUAUCAUUGACAGUUAAUAAGUCAGAUGUCAUUUAAUGGAUCUUGGAUCAACUGAAUGAAUACUUUCAUAUUAUUAAUAUCCCUUUAAAUCACACACACAACCCCUUACAUACUGUUCGGGUCACACUUGACUCCUUUAGAAAUUUUAAAGUAAUAAAAACACCCUAAAUUUCACGACUUUUCCUCAUGUGACCCAGAAUAUACAAAAAUGGAAAUAUUUCAAAAUUAUUUUAUUUUUGUGCAGCUAGUAUAAAUAUUAGUACAUAGCGGGUGCUCCGGGUCAAAUUUGACCUGCAUGUAUUCAAAUGGAUUUUAAAGUCACCAGAGGGGGUCAAAUCAAGGUAAAGGGUGGUUAUGUGCAAUCUUGAAACUAAAGGUUGGCAUGUGUGUGUAUUUCUGUCAUUGGGACAGUGGUGACAGAGCUCAACGAGACCAUGACACUGUCAUGAGAGCUGCACCAUAUUGCUAUACUUGCCAGUGGUCCUACCCAGAUGGGCAUCUGCACCUGCAAACACGCCUGUACAAAAUAACAAAUCAAACCCCUCAUCACCUAGGCAACCAACUUAGUGGUUACCCUACAUACAGUAGUCCUCCCUGUAGUGGAGGGCAGCUUUCAUACGAAAUAUAAAAAGUACCUGAGCCUCUAGUUCACCAAUUUGGUGGAAGGGAAGGAGUGAUUUGGUGGAUGUGUCAUUCAAAGAUGAAAAAGGAGACAGUGAGUUGAAGAGAAAUUAUUAGAAGAAGAGGUCAACAUAGGAUAUAGAAAAUGGAAGAAAGGCCCUUCUGACUUUUCUCAUGCAAAGGCGGCGCCACCUUCCCCACAAAGCAGCCACAGCAGCCGCAGCAACACAGUAGGCUGAAGCUUACCCUCAUCAGUUUGCAGCCCCACAGUCAUGUUCACAAGCGAACAAAAGAGAAGGAGAUGCAACUUCUGCAUAACAAAAAGGACUAAAAGUACUGUUACUUUGCAGUUUGGUUGAAAUUUGCAAACCAAUGCGAGUUGAUUGUGCACAAUUAUUAUUAUUAUUGUUAUUAUAUUUACAUACAUACACAUACAUUUACACACAUAUAUGCAUGUAUAUACACAAUAAAGGAAUGAAAGACGAAAAAUAUAAAAACUCAAUGAAAGAAAGAAUCAAACUCACUAAAAUCAGCUGUUAGGAGUUAAAGGCAGUGACAGAGUCAGCUGGACUCUGGAACAGUUACAAGACCCAGACUGGCAAACCUGAGGGGCCUGUUUAGACAGUAUGGUGUGAGGAGCUCAGUUAUAUACUCCAGCGCCAGAUCAUUCAGAGCCUUGUAUGUGAUUAAAAGAACUUUAAAAUUGAUUCUAAAAGAUACUGGAAGCCAAUGCAGUGAAGCCAAGAUUGGUGUGAUGUGUGAGAAUUGCUUUGUUUUGGUCAAUAGUGUAGCUGCUGAACUUUGAACAGUUUGGAGCUGCUCCACAGCUUGAUUGGUCAGACGUGCCCUGUUUCUUCUGCUCUCACUUCCACCAGACUUCAGGGACAAUAACAACACUCAGCAGGUGCAUGCUCUCUCAAGGGGAUUCAGGACUGCUCCUCUUAGAAAUGAUCUGAGAAACAGAAGGUAGUGAGUCGUGUUUGCUGUGGUGGAUGUCUGUCCAUUGCAGCCUCUCCUCAUCAUGGCAUCAGCUCUGCCGGUGUGCUACCACGGUGCUAUGACGAAAAAGGAGUGUGAAGACCUGCUGGGAAAGAAGAAUAAGGAUGGAGCUUACCUGAUCCGAGACAGCGAGACCAUCCAGGGAGCCAUGUGUCUGUGUGUCUAUAAACAGAAAGUGGUGUAUACCUACAGACUACUUCAGGCACACACCGGACAGUAUACUCUCCUGUCAGCAGGAGGUGUGCAGGAGACAUUUUUUAAGAACUUGGAUGAUCUCAUCCGUCAUUAUAAGAGGAGGAAUCAGGGCCUGGCAAUGCACCUACGCCACUCUGUCAAAAGGAAGACGGCCAUGGUGAUCCGACCCCCAAGACCACCUGAAGAAGAACCUGACUAUGAGAAUACUCCUGAUUACGUCGAAGUCUUACCUCCCUGAACUCCACAAACUGUGACAUUUUAACAGUCAACGUUGAACGUCGAAUAUACCAAGAGAGUGCUGAUGACAUGUUGGGGAAAAGACUGAACUAUGGAUCUUAAAAAAUGGACAAUAGGUUCUCAGACUGGAUAAUUUUUGGACUACCAAAGACUUUUAUCUCAAAAAAUGGACAUCUGCUUCCUGUAACUGCAAUGACUCUCUUUUUGUUCAAUUUUCUUGUAAUGAUUGGUCUUUUACUCUCUUGUAUUAACUUUUCUGCAAUUUUGCUUGUAUAUACUGUGAUUCUGUUUAACUCAUGGGCAGUUGCUAUCGUAUCAAAAUGGAAAUGAUCACAAGACUCUGAUAAGAUACUAAAAUGAGCACAAAUAAGGAUAUACCCCAGAUUCAUAAGACAGUAGAAUAUAUUUAAAAACUGUGUGUUCUCAGCUGAUCAUUUGAACAUAAUACAUCCAGAAUUAUAUGCACGUAGAAACUCUUGACCUAUCAAACGAAGGCCUCGGUGCACCAAAAUCUACAUAUUUAGGAUAAGAUCUUCCAUCCAGUCAUCCAGUUUAAGGACAGUUUCAUCAUUUCUCAGCAAUGGCUUUAUUAAAAUGUCAUUUGCUAUCAUUUACAGUCACCCGGAGCACAACGUGACUUUUGUUCUAGCGCUGAGAAACUAACCACUCUGACCACUUGCAGCUUCUAACAGAGCUUUAACAGUUAGGUCAAAACAGGAAACUAACAGAAGAGUGACACUGUACUCAUGAGACAUUCUCAUACUUUGCUUUCCAACAGGUUUUACUGACUUUUUAUUAAAGCAGCAGAAGCAAUACAUGGCGCAAAAUGAAAGAAUAAGUCUGGUGAUAUUCUGUAUUUUUCUACUCUAUCUGCUGAGCUCCAAACUCAUUGGUUCCCACUGAAGACGUAAAUAUUUAAAUGCAGCUCACAGAUAUAUUGUUUCAUGUUUAAAAAAAAAAUUAUAGCAAAUAUUACUAAUCAAGUGUAAAUAGUGCAUUUGUUGGGGACUAUAUUCAGUAGUGGAUGAACCCACAUUUGGUGCGCUAUUUCUGGCAGCAGGAUGGUAUGUGUGUGUGUGUGUAGGGGGGAGGAUUGAGUCACUAUAAACUACAGUGUGUGU